AUGCCGCCCUUCUGUAGGAAUGUGAAGUUGGGCUUCCUUUCUUUCCUGAUCUGUGCGGAAAGGAGCUUAUUACCUUUGGGGACAGAUGCCUUUUGGUUAGAAAGAAUUGAAAAUAAUAAAACACUCUGGGAAAAGGCUCAAAGUCAGAAAAUGAGAUCCAAGACUUCUUUGGUGAUGAGGAAACGAAUACGGCUUUACCGAAAUGCCCUGAAAGAGUCAAGUAGCAGCUCCGGACACCAUGGCCCCCAGCUCGCUGCCGCCUCCAGCCCCUCGGUGUUCCCGGGCCUUCACGAGCAGCCUCCCCAGGCCUCCCCUGGCGGCACUCUGAAUGGACUCCUGCGUCUGGGGCUCCCCGGAGACAUGUACGCGCGACCUGAACCCUUCCCGCCGGGACCUGUGGCCCGCAGCGACGCCCUGGCAGCCGCCGCCGCCCUGCACGGCUACGGGGGCGUGAACCUGACCGUGACCCUCGCCGCGCCCCACGGCCCCGGCGCCUUCUUCCGCUACAUGCGCCAGCCCAUCAAACAGGAGCUCAUCUGCAAGUGGCUGGCGGCCGACGGCCCGGUGCCCCCGCGCCUUUGCUCCAAAACUUUCAGCACGAUGCACGAGCUGGUCACGCACGUCACCGUGGAGCACGUCGGCGGCCCGGAGCAGGCCAACCACAUCUGUUUCUGGGAGGAGUGUCCGCGCCAGGGCAAGCCCUUUAAAGCCAAGUACAAACUUGUAAAUCACAUCCGCGUGCACACGGGCGAGAAGCCCUUCCCCUGUCCCUUCCCGGGGUGUGGGAAAGUCUUUGCUAGAUCAGAAAAUCUCAAAAUACACAAAAGAACUCACACAGGGGAGAAGCCCUUCAGGUGCGAGUUCGAGGGCUGCGAGCGUCGCUUCGCCAACAGCAGCGACCGCAAGAAGCACUCGCACGUGCACACGAGUGACAAGCCCUACACGUGCAAAGUGCGCGGCUGCGACAAGUGCUACACGCACCCCAGCUCGCUGCGCAAGCACAUGAAGGUGCACGGGCGCUCGCCGCCGCCGCCCGGCUCUGGCUACGACUCGGCCACGCCGUCUGCCCUCGUGUCGCCCUCGUCGGACUUCGGUCGCGAGCCCCCGGCGGCCUCCUCGGCGGCGGCGGCGGCGCGGGGCGCCGACCUGAGCGAAUGGUACGUGUGUCCGGGCGCGGGCCCCGCGGCGGCUGCCCCCGCGGCGCCCCCGAGCCCCGCGCCGCCGCCGCCUGGCCCCGCCGCCGCCGCCGCCUGUGCGAAGGUUGCUGCUGCCGGUGCUGCUUCCGCUCCGCUGACGGGCAGGUCUAGGCCCGGCUACUGA